GCUGGCAGCUUAUGUGGGAAGGCGUUAGGAGCUGCUGACAGAGAUGCCUCGCUAAGUGCCUGAGUGGCAGAAAACACACGUUGGCUUAUCUGUAUCAACAAGCGACCCUCCAUGGAACCACAUGACAGCGUGGUGCUCCGCAGACUGGCACGAGAUACUUGCAGGGCGAUUACCACUGAUUAUAAGGGGGCCAUGCCACCAUGUUGGAGUGAAAAUGAGAAAAAUAAAUCAUUGUUGUAAUUGUUUUGCUCCAACCACACAGACAGUUGUGUUCAGUCAAAGAGGAACGGUUUCUGUCUCUCCUCCUGUGCUGGUUUGCCUCAUUUGCAUACGUAAUUGUCCUCCAAGUAUUCUUUGGUUUUCCUUUUUCUAGAUUUUCUCCCACUUGCCAAUUUUUUUAAUCUGUAUUCAGAUGUUUGCCUAACUGUUAUUUCUAGCAGAGCUACACCUUUAUUAGUUUUAAUGAUUAGGGGGAUAAGGAUCAUAAUUUAUUGGAAGUGAUGUGAGAAAAGCAAACUUGAUCAUGCUCACUUGGAUUAUUUUUUCCAGAGUGAUGAUCCCUUUUUGCACUAAGCCCACAUAUCAUACAUAGAGAUUAUUCCGCACCUUGCUGUGCUCCAGUCGAUCGAGGUUAAGCUUCAAAGUCAACUGAGCCGUUCAACUUUCAUAACCUGCUAAAUCUGGCCACGACGAGAGGAAAAAGAGGUGUUGGGUGAACCAAUGCGUUACUUGUCAAUCUGUCAUUAAGUCAUCGUUCUGUAGGUUUUCAAUUUAAACAACCUUUGGGUUUGAAUAAAGAAGAUCUGAUAUUGAUACUUUGCCAAUUAAAAAAAAGGCUUUGGGCUCUGUCAAGGUAGAUGCAUCGGAGGGGGUGAUCUGGCAGCAUUCAGAGGCAACAGACUUCUGGAUCCACAGGCUCACUUUUGCACUUUAACUUUGCAAGGUUGUGCAACAGCUUCCUUCCUGACGCUGCAACACACCUAAAGUUCCUGUAAACACUCAUCUGGACAACAGAAACAAAGUGUGGUUCUUAAAUAUUUUAAGAAUUGUGAAAUGAUUCAAAUAAAUUGAGAUAAAUGAAACUUAUUGGAAAUGAUAAUGACGUAUUUUAUCUACUUGUGCUCACUUACACUGGAAAGUGGAACUGCAAGCGUGCCAGAUGGCCACCAAUCUUCGUUAUCAGAAACAUCGACCUGUGGCUUUAGAGGCGAUGCUGUUGUGCUAAAAUAGGAUCUGGCAUAGACAGAUUAGGAGCCAGAAUAGCAGCUCGUGGACUCUUCUUUAGAAAGUAGCCCAGAGAGUGUCAGCGAGCGUAAAGAUUAUGCUUCCUUUUCAUCUGUAAUUACUUUUAGAGUCAGAACUUUACCGUUUCUAGAAUCGAUCCGAGCACCAAAUUUGCAGAUUUAAUUGCAUGUUCAGCUCGAGCCUCAGCGCAGCUGACAGCUUUACCGUUUGCGUGAGUCUCUUGGUCUCCGGAUUAAUCUGUAUUUAUCCACGGGACAUGAAAAUCUAAGCUUUUUAAGCCACUUGCACACCUAACGGAUUAAAAUGAUACAAGGAUCAAAUUUAGAAAUCACAAAACAACGUAUAAAAUCCCCAGCAUGACCGAAGCAUGUUGUUGUCUGGAUAAUGAACAGCAGCUCUCUCUAACAAGGACCAGGCUUUUUUUAAUUAUCCUUUUAGUUACUGAGUGACAGAGCUCGUGCCAACUGAUGUGGCUGGCCAACAAAAUUACAGCGCUUUCUAACCUAAAUGUUUUUCUGUUGCAUUAGAACCAAAGCUGCAUUCAGAGCAGCCAAUCCUGGCACGGAUCAUCCACUUUUAGUUUGCAGCCUCUUGGUGCCAACACAACACAUCCAACUCGCCAAGCUUUUCUCCAUUAUUGUGACGAGGUGGCGGCGGGGAGAGUUUCAGAGGAAGAGCAGCCUGUUCUCCAUCAGUGGGCUCCGAGUGUCGGCCUAACCCUUUGAGUUGGAGGUGUCAGACGGAUUAACACUCUCUCUCACACACACAUACAUAUGUGCACACACACAAAAAGCAAGGACUGAGCUUUGCCACCAACACUGCAGCCAGGUGUUUGUCCACGUGACUGCAGAUAAACCCGGCAGGCAUUAGUGCUAAUCCCGCCCUGAUCUUUGGAAUAUGUCCCUAUUACCUUCUCCAAGCACUGUCCUCAGGCCUCCUGAUGCUCACCUAAGAGGAAAAAGACGAGACAAGGCCUCUGCAGGACUCCAUUAGCAGGCUGUUUGCUUGCAACAACAAGUUUCAAUGCUCCCCCACGUUCUAAGAUGAAGUUAUGGAAAAGUGCUACUUUUGCCUUCGUGCUCUGCUCUGCUGCCCUGUCCACCCUCCUCAUUAGAAACACAGCCACCAUCCGACAGCUCAAACUCAAACCAAAGCCUCCGUACACGUCUUCACCUUCAUCGUCACAAUCGGCAUCCAGGUUGCCCUCCUCUGAGGAAUCGAGAGCGCCGCCGCAGCAAGCAGGAGGUCUUCAUCGGAAGACCCGCUCAGCAGACAACAACAUGAACUCUCUCCUCUCAGACUUUUCUGCCAUGUUCCAGAGCUUCACAGAGGGCGAGCUUCAGCACGUGCUUGGUACCUUAACGGACAAGAAGAGACGGAGGAAGCAGUCUUUAGUGGACAUCAAGACCAAAAGGACUAAGAGAGACCAUAUUCUGAAGGCCUGUUCUCGGAGGAAGCGGGUUCUGACGGUGCCUGAGCUGGGACUCGGUCACGACAGCGACGAGACAAUACAGCUGCACUACUGCAGAGGCAACUGCGAAGCCCACCGGCUCACCUACGACUUGGUGAUGGACACGCUGUUUGGGAAAAGUUCCAACAAGAAGAGUCGCAGGAAGAAAAAUCGCAGCAUGCCCUGCUGCAGACCAACCGCGUUCGAGGUCAUUUCCUUCUACGGGAAAAAUGAAUUUGAAAACAUUUAUAACGUCUCAGCAAAGAGCUGUGGGUGUGUAUGACCCAAACGGAUGAACUUCUCACUUCUUCAUGCUGCUCCAAACGUCUGUUGGAAGACUCAAACAUGGAUGCUGUUAAAAGACGAAUAAACGGAUUUAACAAGCACGGGGAGGGAAUGAUGGGGGCGUAGCUUCUCUGUGGGAACCUUCUCUGACAAGCUCACCGCUGGUUGGAACCCCAUCACAUAAACACAGGAAAUGAAAAGGACUGGUCAGACAUCAAACGUUUUUAAUCUUUUCUAUUUGUGUAGUAACACUGUACAUGGUGGCGUGACAACAAUUUAGCAUUUUGUGUCGUUUUAGUAGCUGUACGUGGGUUAGACUCAUGAUGACGAGCCAGGGAGGACUAGGUUAUCGCUGUUACUUCACCUCAUACCUUUAGUUGUCCAUUUCUCAUAGUUUACAAGCUUUAAUGACAAAAAUAUACUAAAAGGCAAAGACGCCAUUAGUAAAAUUCAUCAAUUGAGUCAAUUGUAUUGAAAUGGUGUCUGGAAGUAUGUUGAAUUGUUGCUUUUCCAAAAAUAUUUUCAUGUCCCGUUUACUUGCAUGUAUGCAUUAAUGUUAUUAUUACACAAGUAAAAGAAGAUUAGAAGUAUUUUUGUAAAAAAAAAAUCUGUUAAUGAAAACGAUUUAAUCGCUUCGGUACCCAUCUUAAACAACUGUGUUGUAUUGAUAUUACUUUUAAAGCAUUAACACAAACUCUCCCCAUCUAUUUUCCACACCGCUCGUAUUCUACUUCUAACUUCCUUACAUAACAUCUCAUCACCGACCAUCAUCUGGAAUUAUUUUUCUUCCAGGAAUUUGCCAAAGCGUACCACCGCGCGAUGACUCUACGACGUCCCGAUCGUAAACAUCACUCAUCUCACGUUUCAGGAGACACAGCCUGCGUAAAAUUCGUCCUUGAGUGUAAUUUGCAAGCGUUUACACUCCCGUCGGUUUUAGCUGAUUGCGAAAACUCAAGUGGAAAAGAGACGAAUGAUUUUAGUGAAAAGCAGUGGCAUGUUUUUCCUUUUCCUCUCAGUGGCAGAAAUCUGAAGGUUGGACUUGAGGUUGUGUUUGAACCCAUCUGCAAAACGUUUUCUAACCCAUAACGCCACGGUGCGACCUUCCACUGGCCCCGAACAUGCCUCUGUGUCGUGUUGCCUGUUAGACUCUUAGGAGACUUAGAAGCUGUUGACACGAUUUACGAGUUAUCAUUUUCACCCUCGGUUAUCCUAAUUUGGUUUGAACUAACUGCCUGACAUUCAGCUAAUUGUACAUUUUCUUUUGUUGUCUUGACAAGGAAAAGUGAGGGAGGGGGACAGAUGCAGUGCAUCUUUGUUGUAGUUUAUAUUGUAUUUAUUUGGGAAAUAAAUUAUAGAUUUUCAUAUUUAUUUAGAUUACUACACUUAAGCGGGACAGCUUUUUAUCACUGAACUGUGCCAAAAAUGUUUUAUCCAACACUCUGUAUUGACUGCUGAAUAAAUAUAAUUUCAGAGGUG